UACGACUCAACUUACCCUGGAGCAGAUGUUGAUGCAUUGUCAGAGUGUGGCGAGAGCUGUCAAGAGUGCUUUUACGUUUGCAGAUAUCCCCAUGGGCUAUUAUGAAAUAUCCCCCGCACAGGCUCUACAAUCAGCCGUCCGAAUCGUCAAAGAAGGCCACAUGAAAGCAGUGAAACUCGAGGGAGACAAAAACAUGGCGCCAACGAUCAAGAAAAUUUCCGAAGCUGGCAUUCCCGUCGUGGCACACAUCGGUCUGACUCCUCAACGGUCGAAUUCCCUGGGUGGGUUCAAAGUGCAGGCCAAGUCAGCCGCUGGAGCAGUGAAGCUAUUGCAGGAUGCCCUCGCCGUACAGGAAGCAGGGGCAUCCAUGAUCCUCAUCGAAGCAGUGCCUACCGAAGUCGCAGCUAUGGUAACUGAAAGGCUUGCAGUUCCAACCAUUGGUAUCGGUUCUGGGAGUGGCUGCUCCGGCCAGGUUCUAGUCCAGCCGGAUAUGACGGGCAAUAAUCCGCCGGGGACAUUUAUGCCCAAGUUUGUAAAGACCUAUGCUGAUGUCUGGGGUGAGGCUUUUCGGGGAAUUGAAGCGUAUAAAAAUGAGGUCAAGAGCAGGGCUUUUCCUUCGCCAGAGUAUACGUAUCCCAUCUCCAAGGAGGCUUUGGAGGAAUUCCAAAGUGUCGUGGACGGUGUUCCUUUGGGACAGGAGAAAUAGAUACCAUCAUUGUGUGAGAAUUCAAUUCAAUA